UGGGCCUCACCAUGACCGCUGCUGUACUUACAAUGAAAACAACUUGGUAGAUGGUGUUUACUGCCUCCCGAUAGGACACUGGAUAGAGGCCACUGGGCACACCAAUGAGAUGAAGCACACAACAGACUUCUAUUUUAAUAUUGCAGGCCACCAAGCCAUGCAUUAUUCAAGAAUCCUCCCAAGUGUCUGGCUGGGUAGCUGCCCUCGCCAAGUGGAGCAUGUAACCAUCAAAAUGAAACAUGAACUGGGGAUUACAGCUGUCAUGAAUUUCCAGACAGAAUGGGAUAUUGUCCAGAAUUCUUCAGGCUGCAACCGCUACCCCGAACCCAUGACCCCAGACACUAUGAUCAGACUGUAUAAAGAAGAAGGCUUGGUCUACAUCUGGAUGCCGACAGCAGAUAUGAGCACUGAAGGCCGUGUGCAGAUGCUGCCCCAGGCCGUGUGCCUCCUGCACGCCCUUCUCGAGAACGGCCACACCGUGUACGUCCACUGCAACGCCGGGGUGGGCCGCUCUACCGCGGCCGUUAGCGGGUGGCUGCAGUAUGUGAUGGGCUGGAACCUGAGGAAGGUGCAGUACUUCCUCAUGGCCAAGAGGCCGGCUGUGUACAUUGAUGAAGAGGCCCUGGAACGGGCACAAGAAGACUUUUACCAGAAGUUUGGGAAGCUUCGUUCUUCCGUGUGCAAUCUGUAGCUGGCUGUCCUGCCUCCCCUUCCUCCCAGUGUCUUAAGGAGCCUGAGGUUGUGUUAGUGAAAUGGCCUAGAAACAAAGAUCUUACCUGAACAGCAAGGACUGCAGAUGUUGGUUCCUGCUCCAGGCCACCCCUUUGAUCUGGGGCCGUCUAUUAUACUUCGGUUGGUCUGCAUCUUGGAGAUACUUUACAAAGGGAGCUGUGACUGACACCUGAGAAAACGCCACAAGCAGUUGGGCUGCGCAGUACUGUUCUAGCCUCAGACUGAAAAAGGAUGUGUCCAGUCCCCUGCUGCAGGCAGAAGACUACCUUGCUUUACAGUUGCUGCGUGGAUUGUGUUGUAGAUUCACAACAGCACUUUCUAGUUGCAUUGUAACUCUGGAACGCAGAAGAAAAGACAGCAGGUUAUGUGGUUUUCAUCACUGAUGUGCAUGUAUGCUUACACUUGUACACAAACACCCAACACACACACACACACUGCUUUUCUAUUGAACUGAACUGAAAUACAGUCAUUUGCCAAAGGAGGGAAUAAAGGUGAAAGCCUAGAAUGUGACAGAAGACUCAACCGGGGCAAAGCAGUGGCUUUCUUGGCUUUGAUUUUGCAUACUGUUUCAUAGUUGUUAAAGUUUACUCCUAGGCAUCACCUUCCUUACCUACCCAACUCCCAGUGACAAAGUAAUCUCUGUUUCUGUUUUAAUUGAGGUUUAAUGAACAUAGGUAACUUGUGCAAAGUCUCAUGGCUAAUCAGAGAUGACUGGAGUUUGUAACUUGAGUUUAUUUGGCUUAGUUUUGUUUUUAGGACAACUCAUUUUUUUCAGCUUAGUGUAGUAAGUUCAGUUUUGUCCCUCUCGGAAUAAGAUUGAUCCCUGCAGCAGUGAGAAAUGGAAUAAUGUUCUGAUAAGUUGCUGAGGAAUUUAGGGCAGUAAUUCUUUUUUGUGAAAAUUAAUUUAAACCAUGGUGAAUUAUCUCAAGGCCAGUGUGGCGUGAGAGGAAUUAUAUUUCCAGAAGAGCCAGAAUCUGCAGAACGUUGUUCCACGACUUCAGUCUGAUCCUGGUUCAGCCCUCAAUUUAGCACAACACACAGUUACUGUCCCUCAGUAUGGAGCUCACCCCCCUGGGUUGUAUGGGAAA